AUCUCUCUCAUGUGAGAUCCGGAACAAAGAAGAGCUGCUCAAGAACCCUAACCCCAUUUCCGACCACCUAAGCGAGCAGAUCGAGAAAGGAGCCAUUUUUAUCCCGAUUGGCUUUCCUUUAACCCUCCUCAUUGUCUGCUCCUCUCUGGUCGUUGAGGUGACGGCUCGCGUCCCUCCUUCGCCUUUCCUUACCAUCAAGAAACCAGUCCACAGUCUUCCCUCAAAUCCAUGUCCUCCCGGGUCCAGAGCAAGCCCCCCUUGCCUGCCCACCCAAAUUUAUCGCGGAGCCCAUCGAACAAGAAGGAGAAUCUGGGUGAGACGACACCCAUCGACAAGCGGCGGAAGAUGGUCAGCCCCGCGUCUAACGGCCGGGCGCCGCGGCAGGUGCUGUCGUCCGUCAAUGCCGGCCCCAACCCUGGCGAUCAGGCAUCGGAUGGAGGGAGCUCAUCUGGGGUUGAGUUCGGGUCCAGGGAGGACGUGGAAAAGCUCUUGGGUGAGAAGAUGAAGGGGAAGAACAAGAACGAUUACAAGGGCAAGAGCGAGCAGAUGAUAGAGUACAUUAAGAAACUUCGGAUUUGCAUCAGAUGUUACAUGGAGCUUGAAGAUGGCUACUUGGCAGAGCAAGAGAAACUUCGAAAUAUGUUGGAUUUUGAAGAGAAAAGGCACGGAGAGAUUGAGACCCAGAUGAAGUUUAAGAUUGAUGAACUGGAUUCAACACUAAAGGAAAUUCAAAACCAGUAUUCUUUGUUGCAGAAGAACUUCCAAAAGGAAGAAUCUGAGAAAUUGGAUGCUAUCAAGUCUUAUGUGAAUGAAAGGGGAACAAGGGUUGCAGUUGAGAAUUCUCGAGAUGCUCUGUCAGCAGGCCUUGAAAGAGUCACCCAGGAGAAGAAAUGUGUAGUUGACCAGUUAAAAAUGUUGCAAGAAACUAAUAGGAGAUUACAAGAUUACAAUGCCAGUUUGCAACAGUACAACAGUAAUCUUCAGACUGAGGCCAACAAAAAUGGUGAAACAAUCUCGAGGCUGCAGAAGGAGAAGAGUGCUAUAAUGGAAAGCCUGACUAGUGCUAGGGACCACUCAAACUCACUCAAAAGUCAAUUGGAUUCCUCCAGGUCUUCUCAGCAAGAGGCCAUGAAACAGAAAGAAGAAUUAAAAAAGGAAGUCAGCUGCCUUAGAACUGAAUUGCAACAAGUACGAGAUGAUCGUGAUCAUUUAUUAGAACGAGUGCAGAGUUUGACUGUAGACGUUGUUAACUACAGAGAAAUUAGUGGAAAAUCAUCAAAAGAUUUGGAUGAAAUGACUACAAAGAAUGUUGCUCUAGAGGAGACAUGUUCUUCCCAAAGAGAACAAAUACAACUAUUGCAGCAUCAGCUUGGUAUUUCUAAUGAGAAGCUGAAGAGAGCCGACUUGACAGCUACUGAGACGAUGACAGAGUAUGAAGAGCAGAAGAAAACUGUUAAAGAUUUGCAAGAAUGUCUUGUAGAUGCCGAGCUUCAGAUAGUGGAAGCUGAGAAAUUGCGCAAAAAACUGCACAACACCAUAUUGGAACUUAAAGGAAAUAUUCGCGUGUUCUGUAGAGUUCGUCCUCUUUUACUUGAUAAUGAUUCAAGUGACACAGAUGGAGCAGUUGUUUCUUAUCCAACAUCCUUUGAAUCUCUUGGUCGUGGCAUUGAUUUAACACAUAAUGCCCAGAUGUACUCCUUCACGUUUGACAAAGUAUUUAAUCAUGAAGCUUCACAAGAAGAUGUUUUUGGAGAAAUCUCUCAGUUGACUCAGAGUGCACUUGAUGGCUAUAAGGUUUGCAUAUUUGCAUAUGGGCAAACUGGCUCGGGUAAAACUUACACUAUGAUGGGCAACACUGAAUGCCCUGAAGAUAAAGGUCUUAUACCACGGUCAUUAGAGCAAAUUUUUCAGACUAGUCAAUCUCAGCAAUGUCAGGGUUGGAAAUACAAAAUGCAGGCAUCCAUGCUCGAAAUAUAUAAUGAAACAAUUCGUGAUUUGUUAUCACCAAGCCGUCCUUGUAGUGUAGACACAUCUGGUGGUCCAGGCAAACAAUAUUCAAUCAAGCACGACUCUAAUGGUAAUACGGUUGUAUCUGAUCUUACCAUCGUAGAUGUUUGCAGCAUCAAGGAAGUCUCGUUCCUCCUACAACAAGCUGCACAGAAUAGGUCUGUGGGUAGAACACAAAUGAACGAACAAUCUUCAAGAAGUCAUUUUGUCUUCACUUUAAAGAUUUUUGGUGUUAAUGAGAGAACAGAACAACAGGUUGAAGGGGUUCUGAACCUAAUUGAUCUUGCUGGAAGUGAACGUCUUGCUAAAAGUGGCUCUACUGGCGAGCGCCUAAAGGAAACUCAGGCAAUCAACAAAAGUUUGUCUGCCCUAAGUGAUGUAAUAUUCGCAAUUGCAAAGAAAGAUGACCAUGUGCCUUUCAGGAACUCUAAGCUAACGUAUCUUUUACAGCCAUGCCUUGGUGGGGAUUCGAAGACAUUAAUGUUCGUCAACAUCUCGCCUGAGACCUAUUUUGUUGGGGAGUCUCUUUGUUCACUUCGGUUUGCUGCCAGGGUCAACUCAUGCGAGAUUGGGAUCCCACGACGCCAAACCCAGUCACGAUUGACCUACAGUUGAUUGUACCACCAACUGAUGUCUGUAAUUUCUUUGUGUCCUCAUGUUGCUAGUUAAUGGCAAUUAGUCUUCUAACAUUGCCUUCCCGUUAUCUGUACAAUAAUGAGUCAGAUCAAACAUGCUAUUAUAUGUACAAGUACAUUGGCUCAUUUGGUGUAUGAGUCAGAUCAACCAUGCAAUCAUAUGUACAAGUGCAUUUUUCUCAUUUGGUGUA